AUGAAGCGACUUCCUGGAGAGUUCUUGAGAAUUAGCCUGAUUUUAAUGUUUAUCCAACGCAAAUCAAUUUUGAGGGGAAAUCAAGCAAACACUGAGCCGAUUGAGUUGCCAGCCCAGAUCAGGAUCGAGUUUGAUCCUCCAUCCCCUUCUACCUCCUUAAUCACCUCAGAAGAGCUCAAUCAUCAAGAGGCGGAAUCGAAGUUCGCCGAACCAGAAGUUCCAGUGAUCGAAGUUCGUUCUCCAAGUCCUCGCCAAAUCUCCAGCACAAGUCCAGUUGAUGACCAAACAACAAGCUCAGCAUCUCAAGGCUUCCUGUCCAUCGAUUCCGGCGUUCGACUCCGAAGCUCGUCACAAGAUAGCCACCACAGCGUUCCUAAAUCAUGGAGCGACUUCGAGAGCGAAGCCAAAAAGUGGAAGCCCGUCAAGGUCGCCGCGCCAAAAGAGCGAGAAAGCAGCAAGACGAGGUCACAAGACUCGGAGCCAGAAAUGUCACAAAGCUCGGAAGGGUACCGGAGCUCGGCAGAGAUUGAUCAGGAGGUGGAGAAGAUUGUGGCGGAUACUUUUAAAAUUCCAUUGAGACAAGGAAUUGAGACGAUUGAAAAGGAAGAAAAGCCAGAACGGAAGAUUAUCGAACGGCCAAGGCGGAACAUCGACGAUUUUGUCAGAAGUGCCAUUUCUCUGUCGGAUAACUGUACCAAGCUCGUUACAGAGCGCAAGAAAGAUCGAAUACCGUCGAUUCCAACAGCAGAGUCGAAGAUUCCUCGAUGUACUUCGGAUUCUGGCCAUUCAGAUUCUAGCCUGAGGGCUGAGCCUCAACGUGUCGAGAAGAUUAUACGAGUGAAGCUUAUUCAGUCUGGAGAUAAGCUUACUUAUGGAUACCUUCCCUCUGAAGAUGAAAAUGCUGAAAUGUUCGAUUCUUCGAAGUCGAUUAGUGCUGGAUCAACACUCUCAACGGAGCAGGGGCUCAAAUCAGCAGCGCGACAGGCGACUGUGAAGCGCCGCGACACCUUCACGAGAAACUUUGACAAGUUAGAAAAGAACGCUCUGCAAGGUGUGGAGAAAAUCUACCAGGCACAUCAGAGCCGCGCACAGCAGCUUCUCAUUGAUCUUCAAAUUUCGAUGGCAAAGAAUGGAUACGGCAAAUAUCGACCUCAGCCGAUAAGGAACUCGAGGGCCAGCGAUAGUCUCCUCAUUUCGGAAGUUUAA